ACUGCUCAAAAUGUCUGUCGAGAAACAGUUUGGAAGAUCCGCCGUUCUGCAAGAAUUGAAUAUGUCGCAAUUUACAAAUUAACGAAGAAGCCUCCAAAACAACUGGGGAUACAGGGGGCCGUGGAGAGGGUCAGGGAGAGGAUCAGACCACUGUCGCUGGGAGAGAGGAGGUGCCACAACAGAGACUAAGACAGGUCUGGGUCUAGACCUCCAUGCCAGGCUAGAUGAUGAAGAGCCUCCAGUUCAGAAGCAUCGCCCCCAAGGCCCCAGCAGCGGUAGUUCCCUCCCCGACCGCCGUCCUGUCCUGCCAGCACCCCUCUGCCCUCCCAGAGGCAGCCUCUACAGCCGUCAGCCCUAAAUCCAUCCUGGUCCCGGCCCAGAACUAUGCCCUGAUGCAGGUGGCAGGACAGGAGGGCACCUUCUCUCUAGUGGCCCUGCCGCCCUCCGUAUCCCCUCAAUCUCCACAGCAACAACAGCCGCAGCAACAGACAAUCCAGAAGAACCUGAAGCUGCCCAUCCCCAGAUACCAGCCAAUGAGGGCCAAGAGCACCCCGGAGAAGGUCAAAUUAGCCACACCCACUGCCGUGACAACCCGGCCACAAAGGUCAAUAGCGGCGGUAAAAAAGAAGUUGUCAUCUCCGGAAACCAAGGAGGAGCCAUCAAAACAGGUCAUACUGAUCGACUCCACAGCCUCCUCUGAGAUCUCAGCCCUCACAGCCCUGCUCCCGGACAACGCUGUGCUCUACUCUGGGUCUCCACUGGAGCAAGUAGCAGUGGUGGACACCACCAUCAACCAUAUGUCUACUCCUGCCCCCGGCCCGGGCCCCGUCACCAGCAUGCUGCAGAACCUCCAAUACCCAUCUGGUGGUUUUACUAAAAGCUCCCCAGUCAAACUGCCACAGGAAGAGAGCAACAUUAAGGUUGGCAUUAGGCCAUGCCAACCCAAGCCUGUAGCCCAACAGCCCCAUCCACAGCCAGCUAGUAGCAGCAUCACUGUCCUCUCUCCAGCCAUCUUCAGCAAAGCUGUCCAGAUUAUACCCUCCCCACCCAAAGGCAAGUUGCCCAUCCUGCCCUACUCAAACAUAAAAAGCACCCUCAUACCAGCCACCAAACUCAACCUCAACGCCAUGUCCCCCAAGAAGGCUUUCCCCAGCCAGCCUGGCUUGCCCGGCCUUACCCCGUAUCCCUCUGAUCCCCAAUCCAAGACCCCAGAGACUGCAGAGGCCCUCUGUCAGAACCACAUGCCAAACUCCCUGCUGCAGAGCCAGCCUCAGGCCAAGACCACUGGCACCCUGUCGCUGCUGGGAACGUUUCAGAUGCAGAAACCACCCGGCAAGAAGAGGGGGAGGAAGAGGAAGACAAUGGAGGAUAUUCUGGCCUUUGAGGCAAGGAAGAAGAGAUCCUUGUCGUUCUUUCGGAGGAGGGUUCCAGAUAAGCCUUCUCCUUCAGCUGUCAUCUCGCAGCAGAGGGAGGUGGACAUCUCUAAGAAGUACCGCAGCAUCAGACCCAAGCCUCACCACAUGCUGCUGAUGGAGACAGUUCCCCAGCUGGUCAGCCUGCCCUCCCUCACCUCCUCUGACAGCCUGGAACCAGAGCUCCUCGUACAGCACCGACUCUCUGCCAAGGUCCUGGAGCCUGGUCCUCGCCAGCCCCAGUCAGCCUCUACCACGCUUCACCUGAGAGGGGGUAGUUCCUCUCAAAGGGUCUACCUGGGUAGUAGCCGGCCCCUCCACCACUGCCCCACCUGCAGCCGCUGCUUCCAGUUCAAACACCACUUGCAGAGCCAUAUGAACAGCCACACCAACAGUAGGCCUUACGUCUGUCCAGUGUGUCGUAAGGCCUAUGCCCAUUCUGGCUCGCUCAGCACUCACAUGAAGCUGCACCACUCAGAGGGCCGACCACGACGGACACUUCGCUGUGAGUUCUGUGAGAAGGCUUUUGGCUACGUGGGCGUGUACUUCAGCCAUCUGAGGGAGGUGCAUAAGGUUAUCCUGACUGUGGAGCCAUCCAUCAGCCAACAUGAAGACGACGUGCCUGUGGAGGGGGCGAUGUCUACAGACCAGGGGGACGAGCAGGACCAGGAGGAGCGCGAGGACCCGGUGGAGCUCCAGAUCAAGUGUGGUCGCUGUCAGGCCAUCACCCCCACCUUCGCCGACAUGAAGCUGCACCUGCUCUACGUGCACGGGGAGGAGGUGCAGGUGCGCCUGCGGGACGGGGCUGGCGGGCUGGGAGGGGCACUCCAAGGGGGCCGGGAGGCCGAGGACGAGCUGGUGAAACACGCUGCGCACUACUGGCGCCAGCUCAAUGAGAAGAGGAACCUAGUCCGCUGUGGGAGCUGUGACGAAGAGUUCUUCUCCUUCUCCAAGCUGAAGCGUCAUAUCCUCUCCCACCACCAAGGGGGGACAGAGGACGAUGGGAAUGGAGAGGGGGAGCCGACCGGCCGCUCAGCCCGGGGAGGGAGAGGGGUCCUCGGGCAGGGCUCAGUGUUUAACUGUGUGCUGUGCAGCCAGGUCCUGGACAGUAAGGAGGAGGUGAUGGAGCACUGGGCGGUCCACCACCACUGUGAGGAGACCCAGGUACUCUGGGAGGCCCUCAGCGCCUACUCAGGGGACAGGGAGAUGGACUUGCCCUCUCACAGCCCACAUUAACAUGGCACUGGACACGUUUCAGGUCGUUUCCAUUGCAGUCACGUUGCACAUCUCAGAAGAUUGACUUUACUGAUUAUUUUUAGCUUCUAAUGAAGCGACGGUUCCAAACAGUGCAUCAGAAGAUUGCUAUACCAUAUUAACAUGGUUUCCGAUGUUAAACAUCUCCAGGCAUUGUGAGAGCUAAUAAUCGGGGCAGCCUGACUGCAAUAAAGACAACCUGGAACGCACCGCACUCACUGUCUGUGUCUGUCUGAGCCCAUCUUGCACAGUGGGCUGCUCUCAAACACACGCAGUUAUUCCAUUUCUACACUAUCGAGCUGACCCCAAACAUACAGUGGGGACAUUUUAUUGCCCCACAGUUCCAGCAACUAUGGAAUGGUGGAUGCCUAACCUCCUAACCAGGCCAGUGCAGUACAGUGCAGCGCAGCUCAGUAGUGUGUAAAUGGUAUUAGGCCGUACAGAGGUCAGUUAUAGCACAGGUUAGUCUGUUUGAGAAUCCUCUUGAUAGAUUAGUAAUUAUUAUAUGGUAUUUUAUGGACUACACUGUUUUUUGUUAGUUCUGAUUUUGUGUUUAGGUUUUGAGUUGUGUGUUUUAAUAUUUUGUUUAAUAAAAUGGAAAGGAUAGGGUUUUUGUAUUGUGUAUUUUAUUUUAUUUUUUUUAAAUUUAGAUACAUUAUUGGCCACAGACACAGUGAAUCUGUUUGUUAAAUGACGUGAGAAAUUUGAAAGUACUUUUUGGUUAAAAACUAAUUAUAGACCUUGUGUCAAACUCAUUCAAUGUUGGGCCUUGUGUCUGCAGGUUUUAGUUUUUUCCUUCAAUUAAGCCCUAAUUAGUGACUUUAAUUAAUCAAGUACACGGGAGGAGCGAAAACCCGCAGCCACUCUGCCCUCAGUGAAAUGAGUACGGUAAAUGGUGUAUGUCUAGCUAUUUUGACCUAGAGGAAAACCUUCUCAGUACACCAGCACCUGACUGAAACAUCUGAGACCUUCUGAAAAUAGAUUGAGAACCUUAUUUAUUUCUGGCUAAUAAUCAAUAAAGGACUCAUAAACAGAUGAUAUAUUAUUAUAUAUAUUUGUUUGUGUACUCUGUGGUAAUGGAAAGGGUGAUUGAUUGACUACUGACAAAACUAGCUCAAUUUGUUACUAUUACAUUAAAGACUUUACCUAAAUGUUGAACUAAUGCUGCCAACUAUUAUUCAGUAUAAACCUGUGGAAUUGGUGCACUUGAGGUCUGUGUACAACAAAAUACAUCUGUCGGUAUGUCUUCAAAAAUAUAACUUUUUAUAGUGCCUUCAGAAAGUAUUCAUAUCUCUUGACUUAUUACACAUUUUGUUGUUUCAAAAUGGAUUAAAUAUAUGUUUGGAGAGCUCCUCGUCUUCAUGGUGCCGCUUGCUUGGUGGUUCCCCGUGCUUAGUGGUGUUAUUGACUCUGGGCCUUUCAGAACAGGUGUGUGUAUAUAUACUGAGAUCAUGUGACAGCUCAUAUGACACUUAGAUUGCACACAGGUGGACUUUAUUUAACUAAUUGUGACUUCUGAGGGUAAUUGGUUGCACCAGAUCUUAUUUAGGGGCUUCUUAGCAAAGGGGGUGAAUACAUACAGUUGAAGUCAGAAGUGUACAUACAUCUUAGCCAAAUACAUUUAAACUCAGUUUUUCACAAUUCCUGACAUUUAAUCCUAGUAACAAUUCCCUGUCAUAGGUCAGUUAGGAUCGCCACUUUAUUUUAAGAAUGUGAAAUGUCAGAAUAAUAGUAAAGUGAUUUUAUUUCAGCUUUUAUUUCUUUCAUCACUUUCCCAGUGGGUCAAAAGUUUACAUACACUCAAUUUGUAUUUGGUAGCAUUGCCUUUUAAUUGUUGAACUUGGUUCAAAUGUUCCACAACCUUCCCACAAUAAGUUGGGUGAAUUUUGGCCCAUUCCUCCUGACAGCUGGUGCAACUGAGUCAGGUUUGUAGGCCUCUUUGCUCACACACGCUUUUUCAGUUCUGCCCUCAAAAUGUAUAUGGAAUUGAGGUCAGGGCUUUGUGAUGGCCACUCCAAUAUACCUUUACUUUGUCGUCCUUAAGCCAUUUUUCCACAACUUUGGAAGUAUGCUUGGGGUCAUUGUCCGUUUGGAAGACCCAUUUGCAACCAAGCUUUAACUUCCUGACUACUGUCUUGAGAUGUUGCUUCAAUAUAUCCACAUAAUUUUCAUGCCUCAUGAAGCCAUCUAUUUUGUGAAGGGCACCAGACCCUCCUGCAUCAAAGCACCCCCACAACAUGAUGCUGCCACCCCCGUGCUUCACGGUUGGGAUGGUGUUCUUCGGCUUGCAAGCCUCCCCCUUUUUCCUCCAAACAUAACAAUUCUCCAAAAAGUACGAUCUUUGUCCCCAUGUGCAGUUGCAAACCGUAGUAUGUCUUUUUUAUGGUGGUUUUGGAGCAGUGGCUUCUUCCUUGCUGAGCGGUCUUUCAGGUUAUGUCGAUAUAGGACUUGUUUUACUGUGGAUAUAGAUACUUUUGUACCUGUUUCCUCCAGCGUCUUCACAAGGACCCUUGCUUUUGUUCUAGGAUUGAUUUGCACUUUUCGCACCAAAUUAUAUUCAUCUCUAGGAGACGGAAUGCGUCACCUUCCUGAACAUUAUGAAGGCUGCGUGGUCCCAUGGUGUUUAUACUUGCGUACUAUCGUUUGUACAGAUGAACGUUGUACCUCCAGGCGUUUGAAAAUUGCUCGCAAGAUUGAACCAGACUUGUGGAGGUCUACAAUUUUGGCUGAUUUCUUUUGAUUUUCUCAUGAUGUCAAGCAAAGAGGUACUGCGUUUGAAGGUACAUCCACAGGUACACCUCCAAUUGACUCAAUGAUGUCAAUUAGCCUAUCGGAAGCUUCUAAAGCCAUGACAUCAUUUUCUGGUAUUUUCUAAGCUCUGUUUAAAGGCACAGUCAACUUAGUGUAUGUGAACUUCUGACCCACUGGAAUUGUGAAACAGUGAAAUAAUCUGUAAACAAUUGUUUGAAAAAUUACUUGUGUCAUGCACAAAGUAGAUGUCCUAACCGACUUGCCAAAACUAGAUUUUGUUAACAAGACAUUUUUGGAGUGGUUGAUAAACAAGUUUUAAUGACUCCAUCCGAAGUGUAUGUAAACUUCCAACUUCAACUGACUGUAUGCACGCACCACUUUAAUGUUGUUUUUUUUAAAUGAUUUGGACUAUUGGUGACUAUCACCAACGUCCAUUACAUGAAAUCCAAAUAAAAAUCAAUUUACAUUACAGGUUGUAAUGAAACAAAAUAGGAAAAAACGCCAAGGGGGGGUCAAUACGUUUGCAAGGCACUGUAACUGACUUGCCUAGUUAAAUAAAGUAAUAAAUAAUUACAAUGGUGUCGAUCCAUCCUCAAGUUUUCCCAUAUCACAGCCAAUAAACUCCUUAAAUGCUUUAGUCACCAUUGGCCUCAUGGUGAAAUCCUUGAGCGGUUCCCUUCCUCUACACCCGUCCAAAGUGUAAUUAAUGCACUUUAUGGAAAUGAAUACACACCAUCCGAAGUGUAAUGCCCAAACGGAUAUUCCAUUAAUGCUUUUAAAAAUCAUGUUAAACACUAUUACUGCAAACAGAAUCCAUGCAACUUAUUAUGUGACUUGUUGAUAAGCACAUUUGUACUCCUGAACUUAUUUUGGCUUGCCAUAACAAAUGGGUUGUAUACUUAUUGAGUCGAGACAUUUCCACUUUUCAUUUUGAAUUCAUUUCAAAACAUAAUUCCACUUUGACAUUAUUGGGUAUUGUGUGUAAGCCGCUGACAAAACAUCUCCAUUUAAUCCAUUUUAAAUUCAUUCUGUAACUCAACAAAAUGUGGGAAAAGUCAAAGGGUGUGAAUACUAGACUGAAGCAAACUUUAAUGUACAUUUUCUUAAUGCUAUGAUUGGUCAUUGGAAACUAAGCAGAAAAGCCUGUUUUCUCUUCUGUUUGCUUCUUAUGAUGGGGGGGUGUUCAAUGUUGUGUUUCUUGGUUGGGAGAUUGACUUGUAGAGGGAUGGUAGAUGUGGUUUAAACAUUUGUCAGACUGUGUAACCUUUCUUCGUAUGAAAAGAAAUCACAUGGUAAGUGAAUGUACCUUGAAUGUUUUAAAACCCUACCAAAUUCUAUAUAUACAUAUUGAAUAUAGACUUCUAUAGUUAGAUUAUAUAUAUAUAUAUGUAUAGCUAUGUAUAGAUACAGUAUAUUGAGAAUAUAUAUUUGCAUAGAAUAUAUAGUGAAUAUGCUGCUUUGUUCUAAUGGAGGAAACUAACUAGAAAGGAAUUUUGUUUAUUAUCGUCAAACCGGCAACUUAGCUGAGUAUAGCUCUCCUUGCUUGUGUCUGGCACAGUGUCUUGCAGCACAAACAAAUCAAUGGUGUGAAAGUAAUCACAUAGCUAAUAUGUCUGUUUCACAAAAUCGUGACUGUCAAAACUUGGCUGAAAGUGUUUGUGGUCGUAGCUGUUAGUGAACCUGAAAACCUUACCUUUCUCAGAAUGAUACAAACGUAUGCUUUAUUGAAGAUGACGAGAACUGUGUGAUGAUAUCUAACAAGAUAAUAAAUAAAUUCAUAUUUAUUUCCAGUAACAGUAUGUUUAUCCUGCUCAGGUAACUGUAGAACCAACCCUGUUGUACGUAACAAUAAAGUUGGAGGAUGAAUCCAU